UAGUUUCACCACGGUCUGGGAUCCCGCAACACAAUUUACGUACUAUUUAUUUAUUUGAAUCUGAAAGAUCGUUCGCACGAUACUACAGUAGCUUUCCAAUUCUUUUCUGGACACUGGAAAUCAUUUUUUUGCAUUUUUUUAAUGCGAAUUUGGUUAAACCCACCACGAGCCAGUUGUGAUAUCGGCAUUCUGCUGUGUAGGAUAUUUAUUCCACAAUGUCCCAUCAGAGCGGAAUUCAAGGAAAUGCGAGCCUGCUGAAAUUUUUUUCUGAAGCUCGCAAUCCCAGUUCCAACAUUCGCCUCAUUAAAGUUGUGAUCGAAAAUGAGGAGAUGACACUCAAAGAUCACGCCAAAGUCCACAAGUCUUGGGAAGAAGACUACGAUAAGCUGGUCACUCCCUGCCUCGUUCGCGGAGAGCCGUGCUAUAUAUUCUAUCGUUUGGACUCGAAGAAUGCCAGCGGAUACGAGUGGUUGUUCAUUUCCUUCACGCCUGAUGAUGCUCCAGUGAGGCACAAAAUGCUCUACGCUUCUACACGUGCUACGCUGAAGAAGGAAUUCGGGGGGAUGCAUAUCAAAGAAGAGCUGUCCGGAACUGCACCGGCAGACGUCAAUUUAUCAGGAUAUAAACGACAUAAGCGCGCAGAAACUGGUCCGGCUCCGUUGACGGCCGCCGAAGAGGAAUUAGAGCAAAUAAAGAAAGCGCAGACUGGAGUAGAUAUAGGCGUUGACACGAAACACCAGACCCUACAAGGAGUUGCAUUUCCGAUAUCCCCAGACGCCAGAACUGCUUUUCAAGAACUUAAGCAAGGAAGGGUGAAUUAUGUUUUGAUGAGUCUAGACACAGUCAAAGAAACUAUUAAUCUUGAAACUGCAAGGAAUGUAGGAUUGAACGAUUUAUCUCGUCUGAUUCCGAAAGAUCAUGGACGAUAUACGCUGGUUAGAUUUCCGCAUAAUUAUGAAGGCGAUCACUUCGACAGUCUAGUUUUUAUUUAUACAAUGCCGGCGAGUGGGUGUUCCAUAAAAGAGCGAAUGCUGUAUUCCAGCUGUAAAAACCAAUUAAUUGAUACAGUCGAAACAGCGAUUAACAUGCCUGUAUCCAAACGGGUGGAAACAGAUGACCCAACGGAAAUAAACGAGGCGUAUUUGUUGGAUCAACUCCAUCCCCAAAUUCAGCUUCAUCAGUUGAAGUUUCAGAAACCCAAGGGUCCGACGAGCCGAGGAAAUAAGCGCAUUACCAAGGAUGCCUCUUAACAUCAUAUGUUAAUACUGCAAGAAAACUGUGACGCCUUUCGAGGUCUUGCCUGUACAUGUAGGCAACCGACAGCUUGUUAAAGUGCCUUGACAAAGAUAUUAUGAUUAUCAUAUUUAUUGUUCUAAGUUUUGUGUUAAUUUUUACGCUUUUUACGGCAGUUUUCGGAUCGAGAUUUGCUUUUAGAUGGAUUAGCAUUUUGUCAGAAUUUUUAUGUUGAGCACCAAAAACAUAAAUCGUCCACGAUGUUGA